GUCCCUCUGGAUGAUGCUCUCUCUCUCUGGGUGGGUGUCGCGGUGUAUUGUGGGCAGUUUUGGGUCUAAGCAGAGCACAGCUCGUCAUCUCCAGGAAAGAUGGCUGCUCUGGGCACCACAGCGGCUCUUCCUCCAGAUGUCAGUCCCGGUUUCGCGGUGGUCUGCUCGUUUUUGGAGCGCUACGGCUCUGUUCUGGAUCUGCCCGAGCUGUCCUUCCCUCAGCUGGAGCGGUACUUACAGGAGACCUCCGCGGUUCCUCGGCCGUUGAUUGAGCUCCAUGUCAAACUGCUGCGGAAGAUCGGUAAGUCGGUCACACCUGACAGAUGGGAGAAGUAUCUUGUAAAGGUGUGCCAGGAAUUUAACAGCACCUGGGCGUGGGAAAUGGAGAGAAAAAGCUACCUGGAAAUGACGGUAGAGUGUAAGACGGGCAUUUUAAAGUACUUGUGCGAGUGCCAGUUUGACGACAAUCUCAAGUUUAAGACAUUAAUCAACGAGGAAGAUCCGGACAAGAUGCGUCUACAGCCCAUCGGCAGAGACAAGGAAGGACUUCUCUACUGGCUCCAGUUAGAUCAAGAUCAGAAUAUACGUGUUUAUUCUGAGGAACAGGAUGAUUUGGAUGGGUCCUCAUGGAAAUGCAUUGCAAGGACUAGGAAUGAUCUUGCAGACACACUAGAACAGCUUAAAGCCAAGAUCGAGCCAGCCGCGACGGACCAAGAGAAGCAAGACUGUCCCACCAGCCCAAGUUUGGAGAAAGAAGGUGUUAAAGGUGAGGCUGAAGACUUGAAGAACCAUGUAUCCGGACGAGGAGAUUUUACCAACAGCACCUUCAAUUCCAGCGAGAGUGAGUUAAUUCCUAAAGACAUUAAGAAAGAACCAACGGAUCCCAUUAAACCCGAGCAAGAAGAGAAAGUUGCAGAAAUUCUUAAACCCAAAGUUGUCAUUGACAACAGGGUCAGUACGAUCAAAACUCUCGUCAAAGAAGAACUGAAAGAUUGUCCCAAACCGUGGAACGCCAUUUCCGUCGUCAUGCCCCCUGCUUCCAUCAAACGUGACCCCGCGGUGAAAUCAGAGGCGCACGAAGACAAGAAAGAGCUGGUGUUUGAGAACGUGGCUAGAGUUAUAAAGAGCGACCAACAGGCUAAAAUACCACUGAAGAAGAGGGAGUUGAAAAGGAGUGUCAGCAAUUACUACAGCAGCGUCAAUCACAGCAACAACAACCUUAACGGCAACGGCAGCAUCAGCACAGGAGGUAUAAUCGUUCGCAAUCCUUCUGUCUUGAUAUUGAGGGAGCAGCAAAUCGGCAGAGAAUUCCCAAAUGAUGGGGAGAAAGGACCGACGGCCAUCAUCCCUGUCCCACAAGAGCCAAAGACUGAGCAAAUGGCAGCACGGGAACAAUACAUAGGCGUUAUCAAAGGUCCCAUUGAGUGUAAAAAGCCAUUGAAUGAAAACGAUAAGUCUUCAAAUGGUCAUCAUGGAAAUGGGAAUGUCUUGAAGAAUGAAGUUGGAGGUACAGAUAGUGUAAGACAGUCUGUCCUUGUUGGGAAAUCCACGGUUCAAGCAGACAACGGUCCUCUUCCUUGUAGCAUCCCUGAGGGUUUGUCAAAAGAUGUUUGCGGUAAGAGUCAAACCUUAACAUCAAACCUUGUUGAGGAGUUGCCAACGACUGACGAGACCACUUCAGUUGAGGAAAAGGUGGAAAAAGCUGACGAACUCAAAAGCAAGACGGCUGGUUUGUCCGCUGGAGAAAAAACUGAUGUUGUGGUUGAGGAGAGCAGCAAAGACAGAAGUCUGAAAAGCCCAAGAAAGAGACGAUUGCAAAAGACCAAAUCCAAGCUGCAAGCAAGAGAAGAUGUGCAAAACGCUUCGAGCAUUGGAGACGUUUUGGAAAAGGAUGCUGAAAAUAUUGAACGCAACGAUGACGAAGAGGUAUCGUCAGAACUUCAGAAGGAAGGGAUUCGCCUGAAGAUUAAGAUCCCGCUUCAUAGACGAACGCCUGAACUCCAGCACAAGGACACAGAGGAGUCGGAAACCAGCGAUCGGAGAUCCCUGAGGAGAUCUGCCAGAAUCUGCAAGCCCAGCCCCAAAGUGGCAGAUAGUCGGGAUAGGAGACAAGACGGGAAACUGUCAGCCUCCUCAGCAGCUCAGGAGGAAGAGGAGUGCGUAGAAGACGAAGAGGUGAAAGCUCAAUCCAAGAAGGAGAUGCACAAAAAAGUGGACACGGAAGUACAACCCAAGUCUUUUAAGGCCAAACGGCGACACAGGCGGAAAUGUUGGUCGAAGAUUCGUACGAAAAAUUGCAAAUCCAAAGGAGCUCAGGAAGAAGAAGUGGCCGACGACAAAUCCACGAACAAUGAAGACAACAAAUCAGAGAAAGGAGACCACAAGAGUGAGACCGAAUCGGACCAAUCCAAUGAGAUUCCACCUGAAGAUGCUUGUAAACACUGUGGGCUCACCAACCACCCAGAACUAAUCCUUCUUUGUGACAUGUGUGACAGCGGCUAUCACACGGCCUGUCUGAGACCCCCUCUAAUGAUCAUUCCUGAUGGAGAAUGGUUCUGCCCUCCCUGCCAGCAUAAGCUUCUCUGUGAGAGGCUGGAAGAGCAGCUUCAGAAUCUGGACACGGCUUUGAAGAAGAAAGAGAGAGCUGAACGAAGGCGUGAGCGGUUAGUGUAUGUGGGUAUCAGCGUGGAGAACAUUAUACCCACCCCUGAUGGUGAUGGAGAGGACAGCUUGACAGAGAAGAAAAAAGAUGCCAAGAAGAGUAAGAAUCUGGGAAGGAGAUCGACUAGGACGAGGAAAUCCAUCAGUUAUAGAUUUGAUGAUUUCGAUGAAGCCAUUGAUGAAGCAAUAGAGGAAGACCUUCAAGAUCCAUAAUCUGCAGGCACUGGUCGCGGUGAACCUACGGCGCUGGUCACGAGUCAGCAGAGGAGCGCGGUGAGCCGAGAGAGUCGACGGCCUGUGAAAGCUCCCGCCCCGCGCAAGAGGAAACGCCGGCGACUCAAUGACCUGGACAGUGACAGUACUCUGGAUGAGGAGGAGAGCGAGGAUGAGUUCCAGCUCAGUGACAGCAUGGAGGAGGAGGAUUUCGUGGUGUCGGGAGACGGUGCAUCUGAGGGUGACGCGGGCUCUUAUGACGCGAGUGAAUGGUGCAGCGGUGAAAGUGACGCCGAGAAUCAAGCGGCCUCCAGGAGAACAGGAAGAAGCGCUCACACCCAGAGAACCAGGAGGAGCAGACGCAGACCUCCGGACCCACGAAGAGGCUCCUCGGAGGAAGACAUGCUAGACUCUGAGGAAGAGGAGGAGGAGGAAGAGGAAAUGGAAACAGAAGGCUCUAACGAGUUCAGCGACAGCGACGUGGACGUGAAUAGAAGGCGUCCACGACGGAGUCAGAACUCUCAUGUCAACUACUAUGAGACGUCAGAGUCUGAAGGGUCACGGAAGGCGUCCGGUCAGAAACACUCCUCUCUUCCUCACCGUCGACGGCUGUCCAGCUCCAACAGUGAAGAGUCCAUACUUUCUAAAGACUUUGAGCCAAAGGAAUUGCUACAAAGAUCCGAAAAAGGACGCAAGUGUGAUUCAUCAAGGGAGGACUCCAAACACAGGCACAAACGAGAAAAACAGAGACAGCAGAGAAGCUCCAGUGAAGACGAGGAGGAGGAGGAGGAUGGAGGAGAAACAGAGGACUCUGAGGAAGACCAACAGCCCCUCCGCAAGAGGUCGAACCGCAUCGAAACAGAUGAAGAAGAAGAGGAGGAAGAGGAGAACACACGAGGAAGCGUCCGGUGGAAGCACACGGCGGGCUCUCGAGGUCCCGUCAAGCACAACGGCUUGGUCCCCUUGAGGGCCGCAGCUCAGGACGACGACGACGAUGAUGAGGAUGAGGAAGAGUUCACUGGAGUCACGGACCUUGUUAACUUUGUUUUCGACAGUGAACAGUUGUCAUGAUCGGCUGAGUAGCUUAAAUACGUUUUCUCAUGGCCUUGUCAUGGGAAUGUCCCUCAUCAGCCACCGUAGUCUCCUGGUUUUGGGUGUAGUGGACCAAAAAUGAAGUUUCCAGACGAAUGUCGUAGUGUCCGUUCAGAUGUUUGAAUGCACUCUAGUUCAUCCAGCCGCAUGCAUCGUCCUACCGGUUUAGAACAGGGUCUUAAUACUCCAGUCACCGUUCCUCAGAGUGAAGCACUUUGUCAUUUAUGGCCAGUACGAUUUUGUUUGUAUAAAGCAGCUUCGGCCGUCCUCUAGAGACACUGGACGGCGCGCAUUUGAAGCUUACGUGUUACGUGCAUUUCAAACUGGUGUUUUAGACUUUUACAUUCUCUGUGUUGCUGUUUUCUUCUUUUUGUACCUGAAGGAAACUUGGGGUUGACAAGGUGAUGCCGAACCGUUCGGUUUAAGGAAAUGUUCACCCAAAAA